AGAACAUUAGAAACGAGAACACCGAAUACCGCGUCUCUAACAUUCCAAACCGAGGUACCGCGUCUCUGCCACUUCUUUUCCUGUCCGACGUAUCUACCGUGCUGCUGCUCCUACGUUGCCCAUCUGAUCUUCCAUCUACCUGCUGCACCUGCAUCUGCAUCGGGGCUCAUCACCAACAACACGACCGACCUGCCGCCUCCGUCACUCACUCUGCGCUCCUUUUCUUCUUCGUCGUGUCCUUUUCGUCGAUCUGCUCUGCUCAUAGGAGUGUCUUGGCCAACGUCCCUACCUCUCAGGCUCCCUCUGCCUUCCUACCUGCUCGGCCUGAUCCUCCCUAGUUUGCUCCUUCGUGCCAGCUUGCACCUGGCGGUGGCGCCAAGCUGAUGUGCACCAGAAGCCACAUAAUUAAUCCGUACAUUUCUUCACAUCACCUCCCAUUCUUGACCCUGGGCCUCUUUUGAUUAUCAUUUAGACAAUCGGUUCCAAGGGGCUUCGUCUCUCCCACCGCCUCAUCCCUCCCCGUAUUCGCUUGCUUCCCAUUUCCCAUUUCUCUCCUCUCCUGUUUUCUAACUCGAACCUCUCCCUGCACGAUAACUUGGAAGCCCGACAUUGACAUCUCGACCUCUCAGCGUCGUUGACGGUUUCGUGCUCAUACAAGGUCCGACCUCACGGGCCCCCCCGAAUUCGUCCGUCUCCCACCGAUCGCGAGUCGACGCAACAAGCGAGGACCCUGCCCGACCACGCCAUCUUGGGCCACCCCAACGAUAUCCGACAGAACCACACAGCUUUCUCCUCCGCUCCUCUUCGACCUCUAGGUUCUCAUCGCAAGUUGGCAAGCGAGGCCAAAUCGAGCAGACGGAAUAGAAGCGUCACAAUCGCUCAGAAACGCGGAUCAGCAUCCAGCAAACCAACGAGUGAGCGCUACCUGGCGAGACCCUGUCGUGUCCUGCAGCUGCGCUACCUCCAGCCUGGAGCGCGCGCGCCUGUUUCCUUGCCGCACUCCACCACCAUCACGACGCCCAGGGGCACCGCCGCCAACGACAGGGCAGCUCGCUUCAGCGAACAGCAACACCACUAUUUGCCCAACGAACCGAGGUGUGCUAGGUGAAGGUCGCCUUGAAGCGUGAGCCGACCCAAGGCCGGCCAAGCAAGUCGUACCGAGCAUUGCUAGGCGGACCAUGACAAUUGGAUAUCCGCUGGAGACUCAUAUCUAAAGUUCCGCAACCUACCUACCUAUCCGUACCUACCUGACGCUACCUACCAAAGGGAUCCAUCCUCCCCCUCCCCCUCCCAGCGCUCCGCAUUUCAAUUGAUACGUCACUCCGCCCCCCAUUCUGGUCGGCCUGCCCGUCAGCUUGGUGUCUGGCCUGUAAUCUCCGUUCCACACGUCGGUUGCUACGUCCCAAACCCUCUUCUUGGCUUGCCGCAACUCUUUUCAGGGGCCACUCCCCGACCCGCCGUCCACCAUGGUCCGCAUCAUCCCUGGACGACUUAAGUCGAGCUCUUCCCUCCGCAACAGCCGCAGUAGCAGUCCGACAAGAAACAACAGCACCGGCAGCAGCACAAACAGCAAGAUGGGAGACCUGAGCCCCAAGGACAAUGGCUUGACCUUGAAGGUCGUCGUUAUGAAGGCUCGAAACCUUGCCGCCAAAGACAGAAGUGGCACCUCCGACCCGUACCUUGUUUUGACCCUCGGCGACGCCAAGGUCACCACCCACGAAGUGCCAAAGACGCUCAAUCCCGAAUGGAACGUCAUCGAAGAACUCCCCGUUAACACAACCCAAUGCCUCCUCCUCGAUGUGAUAUGCUGGGACAAGGACCGCUUUGGCAAGGAUUACCUCGGCGAGUUCGACCUCGCUCUCGAGGAGAUUUUUGCCGACGAGCAGACCGAGCAGAGUCCGAAAUGGUACCCCUUGAGGAGCAAGAGACCUGGCAAGAAGACGAGCGUCGUAUCUGGCGAGGUCAUGCUGCAAUUUACACUCUUCGAUCAGUCCAACACGGCCGCUACGCGCGAGCAAAUCUUCGAGAAGUUCUAUGCCCUCGUCAGCCAGCUCCCCGCAGGCUCGAGACAAAUAACGCCCACCAUGACGCCUCUCAUUCAGCCAGUUCAGAACUUGAGGGUGCGCAGCGGAGCCACCCCCUCGCCUCCGUUGUCGCGCAACCAGACCGACGCCGAUCAGGAUGAGGAAGACGAUGACGAUCUCGACAUCGAAGACGAUACCCCUGAAGACGAGGAUCCCAGCAAGCCUGAAGUCGCCGAGAAGCGCAGACGCCGUCUGAGAAUCAAGGGGCUGAAGAAGAAGAAGAGAGAUCAGACAUACGAAUUCAAUAACAGUGGAAGCGAUGUUGUGGGCAUCAUUUAUCUCGAGGUCUUGAACAUCACAGAUCUGCCUCCCGAACCCAACUCAACCCGAACGACGUUCGACAUGGACCCCUUCGUCGUCGCGUCCCUCGGCAAGAAGACGUACCGAACGAAACGAGUGCGGCACAACCUGAACCCCGUCUUCAACGAGAAGAUGAUCUUCCAGGUCCAGGGACACGAGCAAACGUAUUCGUUCUCCUUUACCGUAAUGGAUCAUGACAAAUACUCUGGCAACGACUUCAUUGCCGACUGCACCCUGCCCAUCAGGGAGCUCAUCGAGAAGGCCCCUAAGGCGAACCCCGAAACUGGUCUGUACGACGUUCCCGAACCUCACGAGUACGUGCAGCCGCAGCAGCGCCGUUUCAAGAAGCUUGCUAUGUCCCGCACAUCUUCUUCUCAGAGUCUCACCAAAAUUCGCCCCGGCUUGUCCAAGAACGCCAGCAGCGCUUCUACAACGACGGCAUCGCCGAGUGGGACGAUGACUUCGACGCCUGCCGUCCAGGGCUCGACCCUGAACCCCGAGUUUUUAUCUCCCGAGCAAGCUCUGGCCGGAGCUGGCGCCCAGACUGCCGAAUUGGAAGCUGAAGAUACGGACUUCAACGACUACAGCGUGGCCUUGAAAAUGAAAGAUGCCAAGAAGUGGGAGGACAAACAUAACCCGGUGCUUUACAUCCGCGCCAAAUACGUGCCUUACCCGGCUCUUCGCCAGCAGUUUUGGAGAUCUAUGCUCAAGCAGUACGACACCGACGAGAGUGGGCGCAUCAGCAAGAUUGAACUGACCACAAUGCUGGAUACCUUGGGAUCAACGCUGCAUGAGUCGACCAUUGACAGCUUCUUCCAGCGGUUCCCUCAUAGGGUGCAGGGUGAGGACAUGUCAGAUCUGACGUUCGACGAGGCGGUAAUUUGCCUAGAGGACCAGUUGGAGGCCAAGAGCCGGCCACAGCUCACCGUCGGAGAGAAGAUGAAGAACAUGUUGCCGGACGCCGACAAGGUGAAGCACUUGCUCUCUGGCCAGGGCAACGGCAACGGGCCGAGUGGUCUGUCAACAGAGGCGUCGAGCUCUUCCGACGGCACUCUCAAUGUUCCGGAGCUCAGCACACCCGGGGAAGAGGGUGACUUGCUCGACCGGGAUGACCUGGCAGAGGAUCGCUCCGGUGAGGAGCAUGUGGUUGAGAUCAGGGAAUGCCCCAUUUGCCACCAACCGCGUUUGAACAAGCGCAAGGACACCGAUAUCAUCACCCAUAUUGCCACGUGUGCGAGCCAGGACUGGCGACAAGUCAACAACCUCGUCAUGGGUGGUUUUGUGACCGCCAGCCAGGCUCAGCGAAAGUGGUACUCCAAGGUCAUCACCAAGAUCUCUUAUGGUGGAUACAAGCUUGGUGCCAACUCGGCCAACAUCCUAGUCCAGGACCGGAUCACCGGUCAGAUCAACGAGGAGAAGAUGAGCGUCUACGUGAGACUCGGCAUCCGUCUUUUGUACAAGGGACUGAAGUCAAGCAAUAUGGAGACCAAGAGGAUCCGUAAGAUGCUCAAGAGCAUGAGCAUCAAGCAGGGUAAGAAAUUCGACGACCCGGCAUCCAAGGCAGAGAUCCCCAAGUUCAUUGAGUUCCAUCGCCUCGACAUGUCCGAGGUGCUCUUGCCAAUGGAGGAGUUCAAGAACUUCAACGAGUUCUUCUACCGAGCUCUGAAGCCCGAGGCACGACCAUGCUCUGCCCCCGACCGCCCCGACGUUGUCGUCUCGCCGGCCGACUGCCGCAGCGUUGUAUUCAACAGCGUCAGCCAGGCGACCAAGGUCUGGAUCAAGGGUCGCGAGUUCUCUGUCAAGCGCCUGCUCGGGGACGCUUACCCUGACGAUGUGAAGCGCUUUGAGAAUGGAGCUCUCGGCAUUUUCCGCCUGGCGCCGCAAGACUACCACCGCUUCCACAUUCCCGUGGACGGUAUUAUGGACAAGCCGAAGACGAUCGCGGGAGAAUAUUACACGGUCAACCCCAUGGCCAUCCGUUCGGCGCUCGACGUCUAUGGCGAGAACGUCAGAGUAAUCUGCCCUAUCGACAGCCCCGUGCACGGUCGUGUCAUGGUCAUCUGUGUCGGCGCCAUGAUGGUCGGCAGCACGGUCAUCACUGCUCAGGAAGGCGCCCAGGUCAGCCGUGCCGACGAGCUUGGGUACUUCAAGUUCGGUGGCAGCACUAUUGUGCUGUUGUUCGAGCCGGGCAAGAUGAGGUUUGAUGACGACUUGGUCGACAACUCAAACGGAGCUCUUGAGACUCUGGUUCGUGCCGGUAUGUCUGUUGGACACGCACCCGACCUGCCACAAUGGGCCCCCGACAUGCGCAAAGACGCGAAGGACGUGACAGACGCCGAGAAAAAGGACGCCAAGCGCCGAAUCGGCGGCAGCAUCGGCGGAGAGGAAUCGUCAAGCGGCGAGGAGACCCCCAAUACCAGCGCAGACCUCGGCACGCACGCCGCAUCGGCCAUGUAGAGCCGGCACCUUGACGUGGCGCGUGAGCGUUUACGGCGCCAUGCGCACAGUACCGUUCCGAGUCCGCGCACACUUUGAAGACGGGAUAGAAGGAUGGGUUGCAGGUAGACAACAAAACCGGUGUUUGGGGGAGUGUGUGUUUCAGUGCUUUCCCACCCUAUGCAUUAGCCGCGAAGGGUUUUCUUCUCUUUUUAUCGACGACACAACGAUGGUGGCUCUCAACAGGCACAUGGGAAUCAACAGAUGCGACAGUAGCAUAGCAAGCACAAAAGGAACGAGAUGCGAGUGCCUGCAUCGCCGGAGCAUACAAGAGGCAACAUGUAAAAGAAGUACAGAAAACGGUAGAGCGAGGAACAGGGUACGGGGAGAGCCUUCCUUAGUGGGACGUGAGGACCAGCAAUACGGUCACUCCAUUUGAAUGAAUGGCAGCAACAUGUCAGUUUUUUGGUAACAGGGUAUAGAGUAUCUGGACUUUGCGAUGCGAGAUGUGAUGUAUGCCGUCCAAUCAACUGGUGCCCCCUGGUCGAAAGGGGAAGGAAUUUCUGCAGCGAAGC